UUCUCAUGAAAUGUUCCUAAAAAAGAUGUAGUCUAUCAUAGAAAUCUAUAAAAUAUUGAUAUUCAUGGUGUCUAUAAAGCUCCCUGUUCCUCCUCCGAAGCUCUCAAUCUCCUUUACAGGGUAUCGUUUCCGAGGUUAUAUCUUUUUCUUUUUUUUUAUCAUUAACUGAAAGUUCUCCAAGUGAUACGAGUCCGCCUGCCCAACGUUUGACUUUUAGGUUUUCUUUCAAUAAACUGCAUCAUACAGUGUCAAAUAUUUUGGCCAUAUUGGUUUACUUUUUACUCGCUCACAUCAACCGAAUCCUGCAAAGUUAGGCUUUCAAAAAGAGAAUAGGACAAAAAAUAUGCUCCAGCAACUGUUUUGUCUUCUCUUUUCAUUUGUCUUUUUGCUUUCUUUUUCUCAUCAGCAUGACUAUUGCUCAACAGCUUCGAGGUGUCUUUGUUCCCAUUGUUACAUUCUUCAAAGAGAAUGAAGAAUUGGAUUUGGAAACGCUCCAAAAACAUAUCGGAUAUCUGGCGAAUACAGGCAUUAGCGGCAUUAUUUUUAUGGGGUCCAUGGGAGAAGCCGUCCAUUUAAAUGAUGAAGAGCGAAUUCAAGUGGUGAAGACCGGCGCGGAAUACAUACAAGCGAACGACCCAUCCCUAAAAGUCAUCGUGGGAGCAGGAGGCCCGUCUGCUAGACAAACUAUCAAGUUAGCCAAAGAUGCUGCUGCAGCAGGCGCCCAUUUUGUGCUUGUCUUGUCGCCCUCCUAUUAUCGUGUCUCUAUGACUGAAGUGGCCAUCCAUGAUUUCUUUGUCCGUGUUGCAGAUGAAUCCCCUAUUCCCGUCAUCAUCUACAAUUAUCCAGGUGUAACACAAGGAAUUGACAUUGGUGUUGACACGCUGGCAAAGUUGUCAAAACAUCGAAAUAUUGUCGGAAUCAAAGCAACCGACGGAAACAUUGGAAAAAUGGGUACUUUAUCCCAUUCCAUCGAUCCAAAUGAGUUUGCGUUGCUGGCGGGUUCAGCCGACUUCUUUCUGCCUGCCUUGACCUGUGGGGCGGUAGGUCUUGUUCCAGGAUUAGGCAAUAUCAUGCCACGAGCUUGCGUUCAGAUCCAAAGCCUUUUUCAAGCCGGAAAGCUUGAUGAAGCCUCAAGACUGCAAAGAACCGUCACCUUAUGUGACAAUGCUUUAUGUCGUUGGCAUGGUAUCCCCGGUGUCAAGGCUUGUAUGCAACGCACGCUAGGUUACGGAGGUAAACCCAGAAGUCCGCUCAAGGAACUGGAAGCAGAACUGGCACAAAACAUUGUAAAAGCGGUUGGGGUAGGAAUGGGCGUUGAAAAAGAACUUGCCACGCAAUAAACCCAAUGACGCAUGUGAAAAUCUAACCGAAAUACAGUCACUGCAUUUUUCAUUUUUUGACACACCUGAUAUUGUAAAAAAUGGGCUUCUGCGUAUAAUAUGAGAGGUUGGUUUUCAAUCGGCGUCGUAUGACCGAGAAGUAGGC